GGCUUGUUGCGUCAUCUGAUUGAGGGCUAGAGGCGCCGCGGUGACCUUUUACAUACUGCACUGUUCUUGGGGUGGCUAAGCGUCUUCUGGCAGUCGAUUUUUUACGCUAAUUCGGCAGCUACGCCAGAAACUUUCCCUGCCUGCAGCUAGCGGUCGGAGUGAGAGAUGUCUGACGAGAAGCAGCCACCUCCAUUUGACACUGCUCCCCAGCGAGUGGUGGAGAAUACUCCCCUGAUCGGCCAGCAUGCUCCAGCGGGGGUGGUGGUAAUGCCUCCACUGUCCACCCAACCCGUCUUCAAGGAGUUCCCGGUCGACAUGGUGGACGACAAGGGCAACAGGUUCACCACUGAAACCAGAUACACCAGUGGACUCCUGACAUGGGUUGCAGUCGGAAUUACCUGCCUAGUUGCCGGGGCGUUCGGUCUCCCCUGCUUUGGGCUCCUCCCACUCUGCAUCAAGUCAUUCAAGGACGUGGAACACAUCAAUCCUAAUGACGGCUCUGUGGUGGGCAAGUACGACCGCGGAGCUGAUCUGGGACUUAAAUAAGUUACAUGUGCUACCGAUGAUAAACUGGAUUUUUAUUUACAACUUUCAACUUUGAAUAUUCAUAAUUAUUUUUAUGCGCCUCUAGUAAUGCGCAUGCGCAACAAACUUCGACCCGUGUGUGGCGUGUGCUCGUUGCGGAUUCAACUUUCUGCCGUGACGCCCGAGACUAUGAGAGCGAUGGUUCUGACACUAGAAGGUGAUCAUCGCAUCCUUCACUAGCCGACCGAGUUGCUUGACGAACGCCAGUCAACACACGCCAGCGAUGGCAUCAUCUCCCGUAAAAUCGGCAGUGAAGUUUCUACGAGAGGGCAGAGACCACCAACAUAGGGAGAGCGACAGUAACGAGGUGGUCCCUCUAAUUUCAAACCACUCAGAGAUAACCAACGGCUGCUCCCCGCCUCCUCCUGCCGUGCUGGCGGAGUCUGCUGCUCCACCUGUGACCCAGGAAGCCUGGACAGAGUCGACAGGCUGCGAGACUUCUACUGCUAGUCCACCUCGCCCUCAACAUGAAGUUGUAGUUAUCCAGCAGCCAACCCCGUCAACGGGCCCCAGAUUUAGGGACGUCCCCGUCGUUAUGGUGGACAGCAACGGAGUCCCAUUCACCACAGAGUUGAGAUAUGUCAGUGGUCUGUUCACCUGGCUGGUUGUCGGAGUCAUCUGUGUCAUAACUGGUUCAUUCUGCUGUCCCUGUCUUGGUCUAGUUCCACUCUGUAUCGACCAACUCAAAGACAUCGAGCACAUUAACCCGGACACCGGGAGGGUGGUUGGGAAAUUUGACAGAGGAGCCAGUUUUGGCCUCUGAUUAUUAUUCAGCGCGCAGUUUUCAGUGUUUUAUGCAGUGUGUGUAGAUUUCUUUUUCAUUAUCCGUCCACUCCAUUCUAAAUGUCUGCCGACCGCUUUAAAGUUGUUUUGUGAUUCAGCUCCGUUGUGUGGGUGUAUGUAUAUACACUGUACUCUCUGCUAUGAAAUUGUGCAGAAUAAGCAUGUUUUAUAAGCGCAUGCGCAAUUUCAAAGCGCAGAUUAGGCGGGAA